GUUUGGGAAUGCGCCAUCCGUAAGAGUGGUAAAAAAGUAAUUGCCCCUGGGUUCCCAGCCAUGCCGCCGCUCGCGCGCCGCCUCGCCGCGCACCUCCUCCUCCAGCGCCGCGUCCGCGCCCGCGCCCUCCACACGAGGCCGCCCACCGACCCGGGCGUGCUGGCCUGCCGCCUCGCCUCCCGCGCCGUGGUGCGCUUGGCGGGGCCCGAGGCCGCGCGCUUCCUCCACUCGCUCCUCACCAACGACCUCCUCUCGGCCUUCUCCGCCGACGCCUCAUCGCGGGGGCCCGCGGCGCCCGCCUACGCCGCGCUGCUCACGCCGCAGGGCAGGUUCCUCUACGACCUCUUCCUCUACCGGCCCCCGCCGCGGUCGCAGCUGCUCGACCGCACCGGGUCCGCACCGCAGACCGGGGAGAAGCCCAAGGGGGAGGAGGGGGAGACAGGGGAGGUGCUUGCAGAUGUCGACGCGGCGGAGGUCGACGAGCUCCUCGCCUGCUUCAAGAGAUAUAGGUUGAGAUCAAAGGUUGAGAUAGAUAAUGUAAGUGAAGAUUUUGUGUGUUGGCAAAGAUUUGGACGUAGUGUGGUGCAUGCUGAACCUUCUACUCAAGAACCUGAUGCUCGAUCCAUUGGAUGGGGACAAGGUCCUGACCAUGCUGCUGAGUCAGUUGCACAAGGGAACGGUCAUGGUUGGCAGUGGUUCAAAGAUCCUCGGUUGGACUACCUUGGUUACAGAGGAAUUUUUCCCGCUGAUACAAUACCACCACUAGUUGAAUCCGACAAAGAAGCAGAUGAACGCCAUUAUCAGCUUUGGCGGAUAGAAAAUGGAGUUGCAGAAGGUUCAACUGAGAUCCCAAAAGGUGAAGCAAUCCCACUUGAGUACAAUCUUGCCGGCUUGAAUGCCAUUUCAUUUGAGAAGGGGUGCUACAUUGGGCAGGAGCUUAUCGCACGGACACACCAUCGCGGUGUCAUUCGGAAGCGCCUGAUGCCUAUGAAGUUUGUUGACGAGAAUGGACAAGAGCUCGAGCAGGCUGUCGCUCCAGGUUCAGAAAUUGUCAACGAGGCUUCUGAUAAGAAGAUUGGUACAGUAAACACAGUUCUCGGCUCCCAUGGAAUGGGCCUGUUGAGACUCGAAGAAGCACUGAAACAAAACUCAGACCUUCGCAUCAAUGAUAAUAGGGAUGUGAGAGUCAAGGCGAUCAAACCAGACUGGUGGCCAGCCGAGUGGACGCAGGUGCUUGAACAGCAGAGUGCAGUUGCUUGAGAGCAAAAGCCGUGAACUUGAGCCUAAGCUCCCAAUGAAAGCUCUUCGGAGCUCAUAGCAGAAUUCUGAAAGAUAUCUAUCAUCAGGUGUUGAAGAGAGGCACCCAUAGCUAACAGUUUUACUUUGGUCAUGUUGUCUUUGGUGUAUCUUGGCAGGCAGAGCCAGUUUUCUUCUUCUCUACCUGCGCUUGACUUGUAUGUCGAUCAGAAAUAAGCGAAUCCAAACAUGCACUGUAUUCCAAUAAGUUUCUCUGUUGACAGCUCGACAGCAAUAAGGUUCAUCUUGUACUA